AUGGCCGUUCGUUUCAGUUUGAAAACUGAGAAACGGUCCAAAUGGUUUCCUUCAGCUUUCGAUUUUGGGUUGGAAUGCCAGGUCCCUCCUUCUGGCUUUAAUCUCGGAUUUCUAUUACAGGUUCUGUCCAGUGUUGAGCUAUGGAUGCAGAAUCGGAUUCUUGAGAAUUUGCUUGAUCGGGUUAGAUUUGAUUAG